AUGUCAAAGAGUGCUGUGAACAACCACGGAGUGGAGCUGACCUCCAUGGGCGUGGCUGGGCAGGCUGCUCGAACAUUGCUUGAUGAUUCGAGCAAUGAGCACUCACAUUCCCAUGCUAGGAGGAGAACAACUCUAGCAGACUUGAGGCGGGAGCUGCAGAGCCAGGAGGACGAGAAGCCGCACCAACAUCGACGAGCUGAGACUGCCUUGGCCGUCUACACCUUGGCCCGCAUCGCCGCCAAUGUCUGGGUGCUGCUUUUUCUCCGAAACCCAGACGGGAUUCCAGACUAUGUUGAUUUUGGUAUUGAUUCAAUCCUGAGGCCUUCGAUCACAGGCCUGGGAGUCUUUGUUUUUCUGUACAGGAAGGAUCGCUUCUCCACAAAAAACCCUCUACAGCUUUGGAGCUUUGUCGCAGCCUGCUGCCUCGCCUUGCCUGUGUGCGAUCUGAGUGGAGAACUGGUAUUAGUAUUAGAGGAGGCACUGCUGGAGGCACUGCUCAGGCGGCACAGCAGACUUGAUGUGGUAAAUGUUGCAAGGAUAUUGUGGGAAGUCUCUUGCAAUCUCUUGCAGGUGUACAUGACCACGAUGAAGCUUCGGGCCCUCGGCUGGCAUCGGGCCGCUCGGUGCAGCGACAUGUUCACAAUGCUGGGUACCGGGUCGCUCGUUGCAUUAUUUCUAGCCGUCUGGCUGUUUGAAUCUGUGGAGCCCUUGAACAUAACAGUUUACAUUUGUUUCGGCUUCACCUUUCUGACUCUGAGCAUUCAGUGUGGGGCACUGACCUGGGCAGCAUGCAGCGCUUUGGUGAAAGCGGGUGAUGAGACUCUCCGUUCGACAGCAUGCCUUUUGUUGGUCAAUUCCGUUUUAAUACUUAUAGGCCCUGUCUUGAGUUUUGCAGGCCUUUUCGCCCUCCUCUUGGAAGAUUUUUUGUUCAGGUCCCUGUUGACAGUGGACGUGGCUUUUCAGGUCUGCAAUGUGCUGUUGCUGAGCGGCAUGGUCGGCCCGAGGUUAAUGAGUCUGGAGACAUUGAAGAAAAUUGCAGAGCUAUCCGGGUCUGGGUUGGCUUCCAAGCGCAUUGCGUUUCCGGGACACAUCAGUCGCAGCGCUCGGGACUGUAUUGUCUCCUUCCCGGGCAAGUAUAGCGAGUCUUGGGACAGAGCAGUUUCCAGCACUCAGACUCAGAAGGAUGCAUAUUCAUUGGCGUGCGUUUUUCUGACUGAUGCGGACGCUGGUUUAGGCAAGCACGCCAGCAACCCAGCGACCCCUGGCAAGUGCUGGUGCCAGCAAAUCUAUGGCCCUAUACCGGCAUCAGCAUACCUCAGCGUGGUCGAGACAAGCGUAGCUGAGCAAAACAGCAAUCAGAAACUCGCAUUUGCAAGGGCAGAUGCUGAAGCCAUGGGACAGCGAUUGAUAAUCAAGCAAGACCAAGGGGAGAUGGAGUGGGAGCAAGAGCUCGCGGAAGCCUUGCGAGAUGCUGAGAAGCGCUGUGCCGAGAACCGUGAGCUGGCCCCUUGGGGGUGUCAGUGGUUCGAGGACUGGAAGAACAACGUGGACAUAGCGGUGCAACAUCAUCAAACGCUGCACGUCUUCUACUUUGAAGGCUGCAAAGGGAAAGGCAAAAUGGCUUGGGAUCAGCUACCUGACAAGCAGGCAAGGCAGGAGGCCAGGAAGGGCAGCGGUCUGGGUGCAUCUCAGACUUCUGAAGUUGCCUACCUCGACAAGGUCGGCUUAAGAUAUGUGGAGCAUGACAUCAUGGAAUUUGAGGAUUUCCUAGCUUCACGCAGCUGA